AUGGCAGGAAGGAAGGUGGGCAUCUGGCAGCCCAAGCAAACCGCGGGGCGCACGAGACGCUCCCCGCGCCCUAACCGGCCCCGGCGAGGGCGACGGGCAGUGCCCCCGCGCUCGCUUCCUCUCGGCAACGCGUCCAGCCGCUGCGCCCUCAUUGGCCGCGCGCCCCGCUACCGGCCAUUGGUCCGCAGGCCCGAGGCGUUCGGCCGGCUCCCAUUGGCCCGGGUCCGCCCCAGCGCCCGCCCCCGGAGCCGCAACGCCGGCCCCCAUUGGCUGCGCCGGCCGCCGCUCGCCCUUAUGUGUCAAUUUGAGGGCCCGAGGCGGAGGGUGGCGGCCCAGCGCUCAGCGAGUCCGCGGGAGUCGGGGAAGUGGGGCCGCCGGAGCUUGGUUCCUGUGCUCUGGUGGCUGGGCAGCAGAGUGAGCUCUGUCUUUCUCUCUCUAAACAGGUCUUCACACAAUGAACUAGAAAAGCACAGACGAGCCAAACUCAGGCUCUACCUGGAGCAGCUCAAGCAGCUGGUGCCCUUGGGCCCCGACAGCACCCGCCACACCACGCUGAGUCUCCUGAAGCGCGCCAAGAUGCACAUCAAGAAACUGGAGGAGCAGGACCGCCGGGCGCUGAGCAUCAAGGAGCAGCUGCAGCGGGAGCACCGCUUCCUGAAGCGGCGGCUGGAGCAGCUGUCGCUGCAGAGCCUGGAGCGCGUGCGCACGGACAGCACAGGCUCUGCGGUUUCCACAGACGACUCGGAGCAAGAAGUGGACGUAGAGGGCAUGGAGUUUGGCCCUGGCGAGCUGGACAGUGUUGGCAGCAGCAGUGACGUGGACGACCAGUACAGUCUGCAGAGUGGCGGCUGCAGCGAUGGCAGCUAUGGGCCCCUCUGCCGGCGGCCUGGGCGCCCCAGCCUCUCGUAGGUCCGGUGCUCUCUGCUUCUUGGCCCGCCUGCCUACCCGCCCAGCCAAGUGUGUCAGCCCUCCAGUCCUUGCAAGCCUCUGCACAGGCCCACUGCUGUGCCAUUCUGGAAGCUCCAGCUGCCACCUGGGCUGCCCGCCUCCACCUGCCUGCCGGUCAGGGCCCUCCAUGCCGCCCGCCCCUCACAGCUGGACAGGGACCCCUGCAGGGAGGCGGGGCCCAGCUCUCACGUCCCGGAGCCCAGCGUAGCCGCCCACGGUCUGUUCUCAGAUUCCUAAUCAUUCCAGAAGUAUUAAAUAUCAUUGCUGCAAACCUCGGCGGGCGCCGUGUGAGGGGCUUAAUGACCACUGCAGGGAGCUCAGACCCCAACCCUGGAUCCCGGGACCGAGGAAGGAAGGAAGGCGUGGCUCUCCGUUCAUCCGUCUGUCCAUCUAUCUGUCGGUCCACGUAGGCUCCUGAGGCAUGGACAGAGGGAUCUAUGAAGGGCGGGACUCGGGUGAGCACCCUGGGACAGGUGGGUGGAGAGGGGCCUUUGUACCCCACUGGUUUCAGGAGCCAAGGCUGGGCCCCGGGGGGCAGGCCUGGCCACCCCACACUGAGCUGGGCAGCUUCUGCUCUGUUAGGUCCCUCAGAUGUACACACGCAUGCGCCUAGGCACACACACCCAUCUGCACACACGCCUGUCUGCACACACGCUCGCCUGCACACACAUGCACACAGACACACAUGGUCACCAGACCCAGAGAUCCCAGGAUCCCCCAGAGGGCACAUGUCCUGGGGAGAUUGGCCAUCAUGGGUCACCUGGGCCAAUGCUGGCCCCUGGCCUGUGCCUGGCUCCUCCCUCAGCUUACCUGCCCAGUCUGCACAGGGCAGGGGGCUUCUCCUCCCAGCAGGGCUGAGGUGUGCUGGGGGCCAGCCAGUUGAAGCCACUGGGUCCUCAGGGGGCUUUCUUAUCUCUCUUUU